UACCCGGUGUCCACUAACCCCACGAACCCAAUCACUGGCUCAUCAUUCGACGCCGCAAGCCAACAAACCGCAACCUAAGCUGCAGUAGGCGGAGGAGUAAAAUCCCCACAAAAAUGAUGGAGUGCUACUAAAAUACUCCUACGCUACUAGCAGCGAAGCAAGGAGAGAGAGAAGCAGUAUACUCCUCGGCGCCUGGCCUGGUAGUCUUCUCCCCUCUCUCGCUCUUGUUCUUUGGAGUUGUUGUCCUGGGACGGAGCUUAGAAAAAGGCCCCGCCUUUUGGCUCAUUCUCCACCUGCUCUGCUCCGCUCUGUUCCAGGGACGCGAGCGAGCUACUCGGCGAGGGGGAGAGGGGAGAUGGCGCGCGUGGAGAAGGUCGCCGGCGGCGAAGGGCAGGUGGAGGUGGUGGUCCGGGUGGACGUCAAGGGGGCGAUAGAGUGCCGGAUAUGCCAGGAGGAGGGGGACGAGGCCGCCAUGGACUCCCCCUGCGCCUGCACUGGCACGCUCAAGUUCGCGCACCGGAAGUGCAUACAGAGGUGGUGCGACAAGAAGGGGAACAUCACAUGCGAAAUCUGCAACCAGGUUUACUCUCCGAACUAUGUUCUCCCUCCAACCAAGUGUUGUUCAGAUGAAAUGGGCAUGGAUCUUAGGCCAAGCUGGGUUGGACGAAUUGAUCCCCAUGACUCCCAUUUCCUGGCGAUCGCCAUCGCGGAGCAGCAGCUGCUGAACGCUGAAUUUGAUGACUGCAUGACCUCAAAUUCAAGUGGCGCCACAUGCUGCCGGUCUAUUGCUCUAAUUCUGAUGGUCCUUUUGCUCAUCCGCCAUGUAAUCGUGAUCGUGCGAGAUGUUAGCAUGCUACAAGAUGCGACGGUGUUGUUCAGCGCGAUUCUUCAGUUCGCGGGGUUCUUCCUUCCGUGUUACGUCAUAGCGCGCUCCUGCUAUGCUUUUCAACACCGGAGGCGAAGACAGGUUUAGGGGCAUUACCUGAACCCGGAACCGUACUCUGCCGCGCAAACCGGACCCCGUCUUCGGAAGAGAAAGGCGGCGAAGCUUGCGAAGCGAAUUUCCCCUUGGCCCAAGCGAAUCAUGGAGGAAAAAUUGUAGGCGAAAAUUAGAUUGGAUUGUGGUGGACGGAGUAGCCGCAACGGCACCCGUCGAGCUCAACUGUACAUAUGAGAGCCAGUUUACAGCUACAGAUGCAAGUUGAAGUUGAUGACACUUUCCUUGUUAAAA